UUUUAUCAGCUGCGUCAACUAUAUUACAAGAUAACGGCUUAACUCCGGUCGUUAAUAAGGAGGGGCAAACUUCAACAUGGCUGAAGAGGGGAUUUUCAUUUCAUGGCAUAAAGUUGAUAAACUUUAACAACCGGAAUCUAAACGCAUUUCCGGAGCCGUCUGCUACGAGCCCCAUGAAAGGAAGAGCUUUAUUGUCCUAGCUUGCUGGCUAACGUUAGCUAUUUGUUUGUUGAGUUGCCGACAUGGCUACCAGAGAGACAUGUCAGCGGCAAACUUACCGGCGGCCGGAGGCCUGCAUUAAGCAGGAGCAAGAUGACGAUUCGGACGUGGAGGAGAGUCACAUGGGGUUACGGAGGGUGGACGGGCUGGAGUCCCAGAUCAUCCACAGCGGACACUUCAUGGUGUCGUCUCCGCACAGCGAGCACCCCCCGAAGAAGGGUUACGACUUCGACACUGUCAACAAACAGACCUGUCAGACCUAUCGCUUUGGCAAGGCGAGCACGUCGCACCUCUCCAUAGACGCUUCGUUGACUAAACUUUUUGAGUGCAUGACCCUUGCUUACAGCGGUAAGUUGGUGUCUCCCAAAUGGAAAAACUUUAAAGGUCUAAAGCUGCUCUGGAGAGACAAGAUCCGGCUGAACAACGCCAUAUGGAGAGCCUGGUAUAUGCAGUAUGUGGAGAAAAGGGGAAAUCCUGUUUGCCACUUUGUAACCCCCCUAGAUGGAAAUAUGGAGUCUGACGUCCAUAGUGCUGCAGAGGCUGUUGCUUCAGAUACAAAAAACUGGAAAAGAAGAAUUGAAAUUGUGAUUAGAGAAUAUCACAAAUGGAGAACAUACUUCAAAAAAAGGCUACAGAAACACAAAGAUGAUGACCUUUCCAGCUUACUUAAGGGGCCAGAGGAGCAGUUAUCGCUGUUUGGGGAAGUCUUUCCAGACAUGCUCCGUACUUCCUUUUAUCAGGAUGAAGAAGCCGCUGUGCGUCGAAUGACUCGCAGGCAUAUUGAAACGCCUGCCCCCAUGGAGAUGGAGACCCUCUUUGACAUGGAUGUUCUGAUGUCGGAGUUUUCAGACACAUUGUUUUCCACACUGGCCUCACACCAGCCUUUGGGCUUGCCCAAUCCUAGGGAAAUUGCUCAUGCAGGGAACGCAGACAUGAUCCAACCAGGACUCAUCCCCUUACAGCCCAACCUGGACUUCAUGGACUCCUUCGACCCACUGCAAGACUUAUUUCACAGCCUUCGUCAUCCUGUCCUUCCCUCUGUUUCCCCCACUGCAUCAUCUGUCACCCCUCAACCCAGCAGCAGCUCUCAGUCUCAGGCUCCAUUAAUGUCGACAUUGCAGCUUUCACCCAACCAGAUUACUCCUGCAGAUCCGCUGCCCAUCCACAGCCAGACCACUCAAACAGACAGUGGUGGCGGAGGGGCCUACGUACAGAACUACAUGCCCCUGUUUGCUGGGCAGGUGGUGUCCAGCAGUCAUUCUGCAGCUUCCUCUGUCUCCCAGCCAUUAUCCCACAAUCCUUUGGUACCCUGCCUCCCGGGUCAGAACGUGUCCUCCGCAGCACCCAUGAUUCCUUCACCCUUAAACAACAGCUCAGUGCUGGAUGAAACUGUAGCCCUCUCUGUGAAAACACACACAGCCCCGUCCGCCGUCACAUCCAGCACCACGGCCAGCACCGUCAGCCACAUCUCAGCUCCCCAAUCCCAGCUCCAACUCCUCGCUCCGCUGUCUGCUACUCCCAUUCAGCAUCCUCAGACCUUCGCUCUGCCUCGCCCUUUCCAGUCAAAUAGCUCCUGCAAAGUCCGUCCUGUACCAAGGAUUGCUCCUGCAAACACCCUCCCUUCUUCCCAGUUCAUCCUCCCAGCCCCUUUUCCAGGUCAUGCUAACGCUGCGAUUGUUACAUCUCCACCCUCCACCAGCGUUGUAUUUACCUCUUCCCAUCUUGGAGCGGCCCCUGGAUUUCAGGUUAUUCCUCAUACACAGACGACCCCUCAGCCUGUUGUCCCUGAAGACAAGUCUCGUUUCAGGAAAAAUCAGAAAGAUCCCUCAAGUGUUGGUCAUAGUCAGCCAGGAUCCAGUCAAGGAUCACCUUGUGGUUCGGAUCAGGUUCCCAGUCCUCAAUCUAUAAUCAGCAGCACCAGUAAACCUCUUGUAAAGAGUGAGCACAAUCAGAGCCGCCACAUAUCAGCUGAACAAAAGAGACGAUCAAAUAUCAACAUUGGCUUUAAGACACUCGGCAGCCUUGUUCCCACUCUGAAGUCACAGUCUAACAUUACAAAUGCGGUCACACUGCAGAAGACAGGGGAAUACAUUGGGAAGCUCCAGCAGGAGAGGCAGCAACUGCAGGACGAGGUCAAGAGGCUACGAGAGGAAAUAGAGGAGCUCAACACAUCUAUCAGCUUGUGUCAAAAGCAGCUGCCUGCGACGGGCGUGCCGAUGAGGAAAAAUCGCUCCGAUCUCAUGCAGGACAAUUUCAAUGAAUAUGUGAAGAGCCGCACUCUUCAGAACUGGAAGUUCUGGAUCUUCAGCGUCAUCAUCAAGCCCCUGUUUGAGUCGUUCAAUGGGAUGGUGUCCACGACGAGCAGAGAAGAGCUUUGUCACACAACGCUGCAAUGGCUCGACAAUCACUGCUCCCUUCCUGUCCUCAGACCCAUGGUGUUGGGUACUCUCCGUCAGCUGUGCACAACCACGUCCAUCCUGAGCGAUCCCUCCCUACUUCCUGCAGAAGCCGUCGAGGCUGCCACAAACACGGACGUGUAGCCGUGCCCUCGGGAAUGGAGGCCACCCAAAAGCCGUUUGAACAUUUUUAGCAUUGGAAUCAUUUUUGCUGCAAGGCAUCCAGGAAGGUCACUGUGUCUUCCAAUGAUCUACAAAUUCCCAGACGAGUCGGUGAAACAGCAGAUUGAACAUGGGGCUGAAUUACUGAAUUACUUCCACUUUCACCUACUCGGAAGUUAUCUAAAUAUUUCAUUGGAAGCUGGUACUUGUGUUUUCAUUUUAGACCAUAGAAAGUGCUUUUCUAAUGUUAACACGCAGAGUUAAAAAGGGAAACGCUGAGCGAAUUUGCACCAGGAGGAAAAUGUGGGAUUUCUCCAGUAAAAGCUGGAGUUUGAGUUCAUUUUGCAGGCAGUCAUCAGUUCUUGGUGGUCUGCGCCCAAAUGUCAGCAGAGGUUUUAGGUUUUUUGUUUUUUUUCAUGCCUCAUUUACUCAGGUGAGUAUCACGUUGCCAGUGAUCACUACUGCUAGCCUUAUAGUAGGCAUGGGCCGGUAUAAUAACCUGAGUAAAAUUACCUCGGUUACUUUAUGAUCUUGAUUCCAAAAGGCCAAAACAAGAAAGCAACCAUUCCCCCCUACAGCUGCUAAAUUAACAUUAUUACAGUUAUAUUAAUGUUAUAAAUGGUAAAUGGCCUGCACUUGUAAAGCGCUUUAUCAAUUACCCAAAGACCCAAAAGCGCUUUACACAACAAUCAGUUAUGAAUGUAGCCACAGCUGCCCUGGGCCAGGCUGUCAAACACCGGCGCCACCGAGCCCUCUGACCACCAUCAGCAGGCAAGGCGGGUGAAGCGUCCUGCCCAAGGACACGACUGAGACGGACAGAGCAGGGGUUCAAACCAGCAACCCACAGGUUACAGGACGAACUCCUACCACUUUGUUGUUGGAAAGAGUUGUGUAAAAAUAUAGAAUAAACAUGCAUUUCCAUCAUAGUUUUCCAUACAUAUUUUCUAUUUUUACUGCUUGUAGUUGAGCAGUUGUAGUUUUAGAGCAGCGUUACCUUACUAAGAGGGAUUGUUGGUACUACUUUAGCUUCCAUACAAUAAAUCUCUGGUUUUUGUGAACAGAAAUACCUCCAACAAGCCCAAUGGGUCUUUUUUAUAAGCAAGGGGAAAUUGUAGUAAGCCUGUUUUUUUUAGCAAGCUGACCCACAAUGUGCAGCGACAUGUGGGAGGGGGCAGUGCCGCUUUAAAUUAUGCUUCACACACCUUGAGAUAACUCGGGUCACUCUCGCACUUUAUCUUGCAUGUUAUCAGAAGGACUUUUAAACCGUGGGAACUUUAUUUUGCAAAUAUUAGCACAAUAUUGAAGCUGUAACUUUUUAAAAGGUUGGUACCAGUACCGGGCCCAUGCCUAUUUUGUGCUCUUUUUGUUUUUCGUCCAUUCUGCCUUCUUGGACAUGCUGCAUGUUUUUCCUGUGCAAGUUGCAAAACAGCAGUAAUUGUUUGUGUUUUAACAGCAUUAUGGAGCCAUACUGCAGCUCUCAUAAGGAGCAAAACUGACAGUACAAUGCAGUACAGAUUAUAUGUAUAGAUUUUAUUUACAUGCAGUAUUACAGGAUCUACUCUGCAGUUCUUUUCUUUUUGCUGGUGGUCUCUCAGGGCUACAGUUCUCCAGAAGAUUAUUGUCCUGUUUUCUGUCAAAUCAAGACUUUUACCUUUUUUCUGCAGAUUUGUUUAUAAAGACAACAUUUGCAUUGUAUGGACUGCAUUUUUAAGAGUUUUUUAGUUGCACUAAUUUAUAAGACCGCUAAGAAGCUCAACAAAAGCCAUAUCAGUGGGGAGAUAGUCAUCCAUAAAGUGCAUUACAGACGGAGAUCUGUCUUAUUGACAGCUUGAGAGUAAAUCUCCAGACAGACAUAUCUGACCAGCAUCAGCCUUAUGGUCAAAGUGUCCUUACCUGUGGUCGGUGCAGCCUGAUGUGUCUCCUCAGGCAGAUGUGGGUCUUGCAUUGUGUAUUUUAUUUUUUUCUACAGAAUGUUGGAGUUUACAGAAGCAAAAAGCACCAUCUGUGUUUGUUUGAAUGUGUAUGUUGUCAAUGUGAAGUCUUGUAAUGUAGAUUAGGAAUCUCCUUUAGGGGGAAGUUUGCCAGUAAAAAUGUUCAAAAACACAAAGGAUGCAAUGAUCAAAAGUUAGCUAUGCUAAAGUCUACAACUAUGCAUCGUGUAGUGAACAAGUCAUAUAAUAAAGUCCCAAUUAAAUGUG